UUACUAAAGUCAAAUUAAAGUUUCAUUAUUCUCUCUUUUGCGACUCCAAUUUCUCGUAUUUUUUAUUAUGGAAACUGAUGCUGCCGCCACGGUAUGUGUCACCGGAGCUUCUGGCUUCAUCGGCUCAUGGCUCGUCAAGAGACUUCUUGAACGUGGUUAUAUUGUUCGUGCAACCGUUCGUGAUACUGAGAAUAAGCAAAAAGUAAAACAUCUAUUGGAAUUGCCGAAAGCGGACACAAACCUAACACUGUGGAAGGCGGACAUGACACUAGAAGGAAGUUUUGACGAAGCAAUCCACGGAUGUGAAGGAGUAUUUCAUGUUGCCACUCCUAUGGACUUUGAAUCCACGAACCCCGAGGUAUUUGAACACUUAAUAUUGAAUCAAUCCACGCUUAACGUGAAAUUGGCCCCUGUUUGAA